AUGACUGUGGGCGCGUACAGAAAAAAAAGAACAGGCGGCAGAUCCAGAGACGACAGUACUGUCCUCAACGUUGUAGAUAAAUACAAAUAUGAUGGGACAAUAACCGUUAAUGGCAAUCAACACAAUGAUGACGAUGAGUACAAGUCAACAGUCGUAGCUGUAGGACACACGAAAGCAUUGCAAACAACAACUGCGUAUCGCUUUUGUGUUUGUGUACUGACAAGCAGACAGACUAGUGCAUACACCCCGAAAUGGUAG